CCUUCCCCCGGCCAUGGCGGCGAGGGCGGGCCGGCGCCCGGAAGGGGAGCCGCCGCCACCGCCCGCCUGACUUCCCCGGCUGUCGGGCGGGGAGGGAGCAGGGGCAGGAGGGCGCCAUGCUGCAGUUCUUGCUUGGUUUUACUCUUGGCAAUGUGGUUGGGAUGUAUAUUGCUCAGAACUAUGAUAUUCCUAACAUUGCGAAGAAGCUUGAAGAUUUUAAGAAGGAUGUGGAGGCUAAGAAGAAACCUCCCAGUGACAAGUCCUGAAAGAGCAGUGUUCCCCAGGUCACCUCUGUGUGUGCAUCAAGGAUGCAAUUUACCUUUCAGGCAACAAGGGUCAAGUAGAGGGUUGGCAUGGGAGGUUCCUCCACUCUUAGUCUCCUAGAACUGGAAUGUCCUUCUUUUGAAAGAGCAGCCUUGAACUUUACCUGGGACUGAUUUUCAAGGGUUUCAGAAUUUCGAUUUGCAGCUGAUGUGUGACUGGAUAAGUUUGUAUUUUUCAUUAUUUCUUUUCCUAAUAUUUUGUAACCCAUUUUUACCUGAUCCAACUGGAGUUGUUAGCCCUGUUACUAUGUGUACCUCACACUUUGUAGUGCCCUAGUCCUUAGAACUUCACAAAAGAAAUUAAAUGCAUCAAGAAGGAA